ACUCUAAUUGGGCUUAUAUUUAGGUCAAGCCCAUGGCUUCAAAUAACCUGCUCAUUAAAUAGUUUUCUUCUGCGUUUUAUAAUCUCUCUCAAAACCCUAACUCUCUUCAUUCUGCUUGGAGGGAGGCGCCUCUCUUUCUCUGCUUUCUGCAUCCGCAACCAUGGUGAGAGUUAGUGUUUUGAAUGAUGCUUUGAAGAGCAUGUACAAUGCUGAAAAGCGUGGGAAGCGCCAGGUUAUGAUCAGGCCUUCCUCAAAAGUGAUCAUCAAAUUUCUGCUGGUGAUGCAAAAGCAUGGAUACAUUGGCGAGUUUGAGUAUGUUGAUGAUCAUAGAGCUGGUAAAAUUGUGGUUGAAUUGAAUGGGAGGUUGAACAAGUGUGGAGUUAUCAGCCCUCGUUUUGAUAUCGGUGUCAAAGAAAUUGAAGGAUGGACUGCAAGGCUUCUUCCAUCAAGACAGUUUGGUUAUAUUGUGUUGACUACCUCUGCUGGCAUUAUGGAUCAUGAAGAGGCGAGAAGAAAGAAUGUUGGUGGCAAAGUGCUUGGAUUCUUUUACUAGGCUCAGCUUUUGUUUUUUUCACUUUAGAGAAAAAUUAUUCUGCUUCCGAGAGUUUUGGUUGUGCCUUUGAACUUGUUUGCCAUAGGAUUAGCCAUGUGCUUCGUCUGAUUUAUGCUUUCUACAAAAGCUAGUGCUGCUUUUUUUUAACUUGUUAUGAAUUGAAGAUUUUGCAUUUCAUUUUCUGGUAGCUUGCAUCUUAUUAUUGUUGUAAUUUGCUGAAGCAGCUCGAAUGGAAUGUCAAAUAGGCAGCAUGUAGAUUGGAGAACA